AUGGCAAUGGUAGCUUGGAGAAACAGCGAGGAAGAUGUCGCGGACGCUCGGGGCCCGAUCUCUUCCCCCGUCGCCCAAGCGGGAGCCCUGUCUCUCUCCGGUGAGCUGUCGGGACACCUGAACCCGGCGUCCUCGCUGGAAAUGCCGCCGACGGCGCAGACGACCAGCCAGGGCGCAGCCGCCAGCGACGCGGCGCAGCCCGGCGCCAACCCGACGUCCGGUGGCAACUCCAUGGACAAGCAGCAGAGCCCGCAGAUUGAAUGCGUCGUAUGCGGGGACAAGUCGAGCGGGAAGCACUACGGACAGUUCACGUGCGAGGGAUGUAAAAGCUUUUUUAAACGGAGCGUCAGACGGAACCUCAGCUACACUUGCCGGGCGAACAGGAACUGUCCCAUCGACCAGCACCACCGCAAUCAAUGUCAGUACUGCCGGCUCAAGAAAUGCCUCAAAGUGGGCAUGCGGCGGGAAGCUGUACAGAGAGGCAGAGUGAUACCGACGCAGUCCUACCACGGCCAGUUUGCUUUGACAAAUGGGGACCCUCUGCAGUGUCAUUCCUACUUGUCCGGAUACAUCUCCCUUCUCCUGAGAGCAGAGCCCUAUCCGACGUCCAGAUACGGUACCCAGUGCAUGCAGAACAAUAACAUCAUGGGCAUCGAGAACAUUUGCGAGCUGGCGGCCCGGAUGCUGUUCAGCGCCGUGGAGUGGGCCAGAAACAUCCCCUUCUUCCCCGACCUGCAGAUCACGGACCAGGUGGCCCUGCUGAGGCUCACCUGGAGUGAACUGUUCGUACUGAACGCCGCGCAGUGCUCCAUGCCCGUGCACGUUGCCCCGCUGCUGGCCGCGGCGGGCCUCCACGCCUCCCCGAUGUCUGCGGACCGGGUAGUAGCCUUCAUGGACCACAUACGGAUAUUCCAGGAGCAGGUGGAGAAGCUCAAAGUGCUGCACGUAGAUUCGGCAGAGUAUAGCUGCAUCAAGGCCAUUGUCCUGUUCACCUCGGAUGCGUGUGGUCUUUCGGACAUGGCGCACGUGGAGGGUUUGCAGGAGAAGUCCCAGUGUGCUUUAGAGGAGUACGUGAGGAGCCAGUACCCAAACCAGCCGACUAGAUUUGGAAAGCUCCUGCUCCGCUUGCCUUCGCUGCGCACAGUCUCCUCGUCGGUCAUAGAGCAGCUGUUCUUCGUCCGUUUGGUGGGCAAAACCCCGAUUGAAACUCUCAUAAGGGAUAUGCUGCUGUCGGGGAGCAGCUUCAACUGGCCUUACAUGCCCAUCCAGUGA